UAUAUAUAGGUAUUUGAAAGGGGGAAAAACACCUGAAAAAACAAAGGCCGUAGAGUGGAGAUAAGUGGGACAUGAAUCCAGCAAGGGGUAUUGGCACUUAAAGCAAUUCCUUGGAGAGUCAAACGGGGCGGUCAACGGUCAUUGAAGUACAGAUGAGCCAAGGGUGAGAAGUAACCGCCAUGAAACCACGAUAGACUCUCUCGUCACUGCCGCCAAUAGAAGCCUUUCCAAUGGCCGCGCCUUCUAUGCUUCUCAGAGGCCUUCCGCUCCUCCGUCUAAGACUCCAUUUUCAGUUUCACCACCGCCGCUGCGCCGUUGGGUUCAUUACCGCUCCGUCUCGUAGGUCGUGGUGCACUGUCACGGCGGACUCCACUCGCCCCGAUGAGAAAUUAUCCUCUGCGGACGAUUCCACGGCAUUCCUCCGUGCGCAGCACUCGCCCAAGUUCCCUCGUUGGGACGAUCCUGACUAUCGCCGGUGGAAAGAUAAAGAGGAGGAAAUCCUCAGCGACAUCGAUCCUAUCCUUUCACUCGCCAAGGAUAUUCUCCAUUCCGACAGGUAUCUGGAUGGGGAACAGCUGACAGUUGAAGAUGAGAAAGUUGUGGUGGAAAGGCUGCUUGCCUACCAUCCCCAUUUUGAAGAUAAAAUUGGAUGCGGACUUGAUUCUAUUAUGGUUGAUCGGCAUCCGCAAUUUAGACAGUCAAGGUGCCUCUUUGUUAUCAGAACUGAUGGCGUAUGGAUAGACUUCUCUUAUCAGAAGUGUCUUCGUGCAUACAUCCGAGUUAAGUAUCCAUCCCAUGCAGAAAGGUUCAUUCGAGAACAUUUUAAACGUAGUGGUGGUUAAAUGUUCGUAAGUUGUGGUGCUCAUAUUAUAGGUUUAAUUUGCUUUUAUUUGGUCUUUGAGUAGAAAUUUUGCCCACUGUUAUCGUUCUCAGUCACCUAAAUAUAGCCAUCGUCAAUGGCCAUGUAAUCUUGACUGGCACUUAAAUGUUUCAAAAACAGAGUAAUUGAUUUUUUUUUAUUUCUUA